AUGGCAGCCCUCCAGGAUGCCCUAGAAUCUCUAGGCCCGAUAUCCUGGGACGAGGUCCCCUCCUCCCCGGACGCAUUACGAGAGUACCUCAGGGAUCUCUCCCACAAAGCCCGACUGAUCAUCGACUCUGUCCCUGAACCCCCCUCCCCGGUGGCGGGGACCGACUCCUCCACGAACCUCGCCUCCAACGCAUCUUCCUCCCCGUCCGCGCGCAUCAGCCCCUCCCCCGCCCGCCUCGGCACCCCCGACCCAACCCUGCAAUCCCUCCAGCGCGAAUGGAGCAAACCCAUCAAAACCAGUAACACGAGAGACAACCCUCUUGAGCUCCUCAUCCACAAACUCCAGGGCCGCGACGGCAACGGGGCCUGGUUCGCCCGCCGCAGCGUCCACGAGGGCCUCUCGUUCUCGAAAUGGCAGGCCAAGCUAUCCACCGAGAUGCUGGAGACGUUGAGGCAGAAUCGGAAGCGGUUAGCGAAGGGGCGCACGCCGGAUCAGUCGGUGCGCGGGAUCGGGGCCGAGGAGCAUGUCGAGGAGAUCGAGGUCUGCGAUGAGGAGGGCCGUCGCAUCGGCGUCGUCAACGUGUUCCAUGUCUCGGCGCAGUUUCCGAAACCGACCACCCCGAGGGACUUUGUGGCGUUGAUCAUUAACUGGGAGGUUCGUGUUGAUGGGGGUGGGAGGUAUUGGAUGAUGGUUUCUAAGCCGUGCGAGCAUCCCGAUGUCCCGCCGUCUCAGGGGUAUAUUCGGGGACAGUAUGAGUCGGUGGAGUUUAUUCGGGAGAUUCCGGUGAAGAAGAGAAGGGAGGAUGGGGUGGUGGAUGAGAAGGGCUCUCAGGAGUCUAUUGGUGAUGGGGAAGGGAAGAGGGGUCGGAGGCGGGGAGAUACUGCUUCGUCGGAGGGCCCAGUGAAGCGUGAAAGGGGAGACGAUACGAAGUCUGGCGUGGAUGGGAAGCAGCCGGGGCAAGAAGAUGCUGGAGAAGAUGACGACGAUGAAGAGUCUAAUCCAGUGGAAUGGGUGAUGGUGACUCGGAGUGACCCCGGGGGCACUAUCCCUCGGUGGAUGGUAGAAAAGGGCACCCCGAAGAGUAUCUGCACGGAUGCAGGCAAGUUCCUGGACUGGGCCUGUCGGGAGAAAGACCCAUCGACCAAAGAUGAGCAGGAUGAGGAGAAUGGCCGGCCCAAAGGCAAGCCAGAAGACACGGCUGGGGCGAGCGAUGGAAGCGACGGCGAGUCCAGUGACGAUGACCUUUCGGAUAUUGAAGUCGAGCACCAUGGACUGAUCGCCAGCUUUGCCUAUCUACUGAAUGCCGGCUUGGAUCGGUAUGCGCCCCAGGCAGUGCUGGAUUACCUACCACGCCAGGGACAGUUAUCCCGCACCAACACCGACGACAGUUUGGCAUCCCUGAACGACAAGCCGCCUCGAAGCAACCCAGACUCGAUCACCACACCAGUUAGCCCUUCUGCCAAACGGAAAGAUAAAGAGAGCAGUGAAACGCGUUCCCAAGUAUCACAAGGCAAUGCAUCGGCCGCGGCCUCGAUAAAAUCGGGCCUCGCCACGCCGCUCGAACAAGACAUUCCAUCUCUAGACGCCAUGAUGGCGAAGAAGGGCAAGAUGACCUCGCACGAGAAGCAGCUCAUUAAACUAGCAGAGCGGAAGCGCGACACCGAGGCACAAUUAGAGCGCGUCCGGUCCGAGAUCCAAUCCCUCCACCUGCCCCCUCGCGAGGAUGACCUUAAACGAGACCCGGCCACGUCCGCCGCAUUGGCAUCUGUCGGCGACCCCGCCAGCGACCAAGCCAGCAGCAGCCCCGCCAGCAGCGUCAAGAAGGGAUCCGACAAGAGCUCCGGAGACAAGAACAACAAGCAGCAGCAGCAACAGCGAAAAAGACCUGCAAACGACUCGGCCCGCAUGCACAAGGUCGCCUCGGGUCUAUUCAACGACGAAGCGAAGCUCGUCAAGCAGCUCAGCAAGAUCAACCAGAACCAGCUCAAGGAGGCCUCCAAGAUCGAGGCCCGCCAGCGCAAGGACGCAGAGCGCGAGGUCAAGGCCCGCACGCGCUCCGAGGUCGAUACUCUACGUCAGGAAAACGAGAAGCUGAAGAAGGAGCUUGAGAAGUUUCGCAACGAACGGAAGCAGUGGGUGGAUUUGAUCGGGUCCUUGCAGGCUGAGAAUACUAAGUUGACGGCGGGGAAGCAGUCUGAGUUAGAGAAGUGA